GUCCCACACUAGCUGUAUAGAUAAGCUUCUAAGCUCCAACUUCUUCGCUGCCCCUCAGUCCAGAGUGUGCGCAUUUUCACUCCCCAAAAUCUCACAGUUAAGCGAAAGAAUUCUUCAAAUGGCAGCUGCGUGUAUGAGCUUCAACUUAGUUGGAGCCUUCAAAGGGCUGUCCUUGUCUUCAAGCUCUUCGUCAUCUUUCCUCAGAGGCGACUGCGGAGGUUUCGGCGUAGGCCGCAAGGUGUCCGUCUCCCUUCCUCUCAAAUUGCCAUUGACGAUCGAGUCUGCGCACAAGAAAGGUGCGGGAAGUACGAAAAACGGUCGAGACUCGAGAGGGAAAAGACUCGGCGUCAAGAUCUACGGAGAUCAAGUUGCGAAGCCCGGUUCAAUUAUAGUCCGACAACGUGGAACAAAGUUCCAUCCCGGGAAGAAUGUAGGGCUGGGCAAGGACUAUACGAUAUAUUCCUUGAUUCAUGGACUAGUCAAAUUUGAGAAGUUCGGACCGGAUAGGAAAAAGAUAAGUGUUUACCCCAGAAUUGAACAGCCUGUGAACCCCAACAGUUACAGAGCGAGGAAGAUAGAGUAUUUCAGACAGCAGCGGGAGCGCAAAAAGGCCAGAAAGGAAGGUACUGUUGUUGCUCAGCCUCCACUGGUACUCGCGUCUGCUGCUGAAAUUACAAAUGCUAAUCCAAUUUGCUGAUUCUAAAAUCAGCUGUCACAUAUUUAAUGUCUCGUCGUUAACGCGCUAGCAGACAUGCAGACAGGUCUGUCCAGUGGUUCUAUUACUAGUUUUUAAUUAUUUUUCCUGUUCAUUAUUUGUGAGAGCUUUUUAUUGUAAGUAUUAAAAAUAUUCAUUCAAUGAAGGUGCAUGCGUGCGUGCGUACGCGCACACACACACACACAUACACUGAAAA